UAGUAUUAAAUAAGAUUAAUAUCGCUUUCGAUCGGCUUACAGGAUAGCCGUGUGGACCAUCAUCAUCCACGACCCCACGCCGAGCGCGAGGACGACGAUGCCGUUCGAGAGGAUGCCAUGAUGACCGCUUGCGCUGCUGUCCACCAUCGGCGGCUGUGGCUCUGUCGGCAGCGGCGGGGGCACCACCACAUCGCCGUCUUCACUCGCGACAAACACAUUCGACUUGAUCUCGUCAAAGGCGAGCUGCGUCGCAUUGAAAAGGACGUUGUUGGCGACGAGGGUCUGUCCGAGCGUGCCGUUGGUGACGUUGCCGUACGCCAUGUCCUGGAACAACGUGUCGGUGGCGUUCAUGGCCUCCACGGACGGCAACGCCACGCCGAUCGUCACCUCCAAGAACGCAGUCGAGUUGAUGAUCACAUCACGCGCUUGCAACGUGACGUUAUCGCGCACGAUUGUGGCCGAUUUGACCGGGGCCAACGACUGCGCGACGCCAGAGGCAAAGUCGUACUCGGCGCCCGCGAGGCUUGUCGAGUUGGCGCCUUGCAGCAGCACGACCGUCACGACGGAGAACUUGAUGUCGGCCGCAAUCGUCGGCACCAACGUCGUGGCGACGAUGGUGGACGUGUCCACAGGAGCAUUCGCCGCCGGCGGCACAGGCAAGGCCGCUUGCACCGGUGUCAACGGAUACGCCGCCGGCCUGCACGACAAAACGCACCGACUCGGCUGGUUCAACGCUUGGUUGCACUGAUCGUACACGGGUUGAUAGUACGAAUAGCAAGAAGACCGCAAGCAACUGAGCAGGCCUGGGUAGCAGAAGCACCCGUCACCGUACACAAAGAGGCAUCGCUGGUAGUUGCGGUAGCAGUAACUGUGGUAGCACGUGUUGGUGGCCCAAUACACGGGCGAGAUGUAUAUGUACGGGCGCCACACGUACAAUGGAUACACAUACACGGGGAAGUACGAGUAUCCGAUGGGCGCGACGAUGAUCGGCCGGGCCACCACAGGCUGGGCGUACGCCACGGGGGUGACUGGGCGGUACGGGAUUUGCGACGGCGCCACGGCUGGACGAGGUACCGGUCCUGACGGAGGGCGAGGACCAGGUGCGGGAGCAGGCGCUGGUCGAGGCGCCGGGCCUGGCGCCGGUCGAGGUGCGGGAGCUGGUGCAGGAGCUGGCGCGGGACGAGGAGCAGGUGCGGGAGCGGGACGAGGAGCAGGUGCGGGAGCAGGACGAGGUGCAGGCCUCGCACCACCACCACCCGGCCUGCCGCCCUUGGCUACAACUUGGCCGAGAAGUUGACGGAGGUAGUGGGAAACCGAGCUGCUUGCGCCCUCGACGACGUACUGGUCGGAUGUAUGGGCCGCCGCGAGCGCCGCGACGAUGUACAGAACCACCAGGACCAGGUACCGCAUGGUCGAACUGCAGGUUAGGAAAUGACUUCACCGCACCGGGGCCAGUUCGAUUUCAAGC